AUGCCCCCUCCGCGGCGGCGAACGGAGUCGACGGCGUCGAAGCCUAUAUUAUCCACCACCAAUGAAUACGUCCAGAAGGCCAAGAUUCAAGGCAAAAACAAGUGGAUAUUGUACAUGAAGGGCUUCCUCUCGGCUUGUAUCGCCUUUGACAAACAAUUUUUUGCAUUAGCUGUACUACUGAUUACCGUGCUGGAUACUGGAAUUGUGUUUUAUAUGUUGAACUAUGUUAGUUGUAAGUUUUUUCGGGGUUUUUUGGUAUAAAGUUGGGUGUUUUUAAAUAUAAUUUGAGCUUGUUUUUAGAAAAAAUUAAGUUUUGUUACUUAAAAUCGUUGGUUUUUUGAAAGAAAGAGGUGUUUUGUUACCUAAAAUGGUUGUUUCUUGCCAUUCUCAACCGCCAAUUUUAUCUUUUUGACAUUUCCAUACCUCAACUAUCUAAAACAAGGUAAAAAAUUAUUUUUCAGACACAAACAUUGACUGGACCGCCUACAUGGAGCAAGUUCGCAUCUACAAAUCGGGUGAACUGGACUACUAUCAUAUUCGCGGUAAUACGGGACCAUUGGUCUAUCCAGCUGGACAUUUGUACAUCUACACAUUGCUCAAUUACCUAACGAACGAUGGUCAGAAUGUAGCUAGAGCUCAACAAAUCUUUGCCAUUAUCUAUGCGAUCAAUCAGUUAUUGAUUGUCAAUCUGUUUUAUCAGUCGAAGAAGGUCCGUUUUUAAUUUUUUGUGGGUUAGAAAGUAUGGUUUUUAGUGUUGAAAGGUACAAAAAUGAGGUAUGAAAGGCCAAAGUCAUUUAAAAAUUUUUGGGGACAUUUUAUACGAUGAAACAUGUCUAACAUUUUUUUUAGAUAGGACCAGCUGUAUUAGUAUUUAUGGUAAUAAUUUCACAUCGACUGCAUUCAAUAUACAUGUUGCGGUUAUUCAACGACCCAAUUGCUAUGUUCUUCUUGUACGCGGCCGCAAACUUGUUCAUCUACAGAAGAUUUGGAUCGGGGUGCUUGUUUUAUAGGUAAACUACGAUGUUGUCUAACCUUAGUCAAAUAAAUUUGAGGUUUUGGUUUAUAAUUUUUUAUGCCAAGGGUGGAAAGUAGCUAUAUCUUCUUUACUUUGUCUAAUUUUAGCAUUUUCAGCGUUGGAGUAACAGUAAAAAUGAACAUAUUACUGUUUGCGCCGGCCGUUUUCUUCAUUUUGUUACUACAACUGGGGAUCAAACACACAGUCUUCAAUUUGGGCAUUUGUGCAGCGGUACAGGUACGUAUUUAGUUUUUUUUAAUUAAACUUGAAUUUGAAUUUUUGAAAUAUUAUAACAAGGAAAGUACCCGAUUAGCCCCGCUCUGAUUGCCUUCAAACUUUUUAUAUAGAAAGAUCAAGUAAAUAUAAGAUUUUCAGCAAUGUACCAAAUCGCGCUUUCCAGGAAAUCUCGAAAAAAUCGAGAUCAAUUACGUUUUGAAUUUCCCGCUAAAUUGGCAUUGUGUUUCAAGCUUAUAACUUUGCCCUUUUUGACUUUUAGGAUUUUUUAUUUGAUAUACUAGUAGAAAACUUUUAAAUGGGAUUACAUUUUUAAAUUUGUAAACGUAGCUUGUCUGGAAAGUCGUCUUGAAACACAAUGCCAAAUUUGCCAAAUUGGCGGGAAUUUUGAAUAUUUAAAUUUUAAAACUCAAAAGCGCGAGCUAUAAUUUUUUGUGGGUACUAUUGGUGGUACAAGGAAUUUAUAUAAAAGUUUUUGAGAUGAUUCUGGAGGGGGGGGGGCAGGUAGGAUUAUUGUCCUGUUAGUGUAGCUUUUUUGGUAAAAUACGAAAAGCUAUACGAUGAAACAUGUUUGCUCGUAUAACAUGCCUUUUUAACAUGAAUGUAUAAAAAAUGUUUGAAAACAAGUUUUGAAAUGUAAAAAAUUCAUUUUCAGAUAGGACUAGGAGCCCAAUUCCUUCUAACCCACCCAUUAUCAUACCUCGGCCGCGCCUUUGAGCUGGGCCGCGUUUUUCAAUUCCGAUGGUCGGUCAAUUGGCAAUUCAUACCAGAAGACAUCUUUUUGGCACAGAAAUUCCAUCUAAUAUUGUUAGGCCUACACGUAUUGGUGCUACUGAUAUUUAUGUUUGGAGUUUGGUUUAGAGACAGAGGAGGGCUGUUCAACAUGAUAUUGGACUAUGUUAACACUGGGAAGUUGGUCGUUUUAACUCCGCAUGGUAGGUUUAGGGGAUAUUAUGGGAGUGUAAUGGGGUUUUGAAGUAGUGUUAUGUAUUUUGGAAUAGUUUUUUUGAAAAAAAAUUGUUUUUUCAAUUUUGAAAAAUUUGUCAACAGGGGGCCCAAGUGAAUUAAAAAAAUUUUUUUUUGAUUUUAAAAUUUUUUUCAGAAUGAAAAGUUGUUUAAAAAAUUGUUUUUUAUAUAAAAGCAAUAUUUGUUACCUAAAUAUUAACGAAACUUGAUUUUAGAAGUGCUGUUCUCACUGUUCUCGGCUAAUUUGGUUGGCCUGACCUUUGCCAGAUCGAUUCAUUUUCAAUUCUACUCAUGGUUUUAUCAUUCUUUAGUUUAUUUGGUGUUUACGUCGUACAAUUUCGAACCAAUUAUGUGAGUUUUGAAGGAUAAUAUGAGGAUUUUGAAACUGGAUUUUUUUUAAAUUUUUGGAUUUUAAAUUUUUUUUAAUUGUCUUUAAUUACCCCUAUCUCUACCUUUCUUUAAUCUACCUAAAUUCAUUCUACUCUACCUUAUCCUAAUCUAUUUUACUUUACUCUACCCUAUCUUCUUUUGCCCUACGUUAUAAUGCCGCACUCUACCCUACUCUACCCUAUCCUACCCUCUCCUACCCUAUCCUACCCUAUUCUACCUUACCCUACUUUUCUUUGCCUGAUUUGUCUUUUUUUAUAAUGUAAGUAUUAACAUCUGAAAUCGUAUUUUACCUUUCUUUAGUUUACUGUACCAAACCAAAUCUCAUAUUUUCAGACCAACCUUUCAAGGCUUCAACCGACAAUUACUGGUUUGGGCUACAUUGUAAGUUCUUUUUUAAAAUAUAAUAGCAUUUUAAAAGUUUUUUUGUUUUUACAAAUGGCGUUGCGCAGGAAAAAGCGACAAAACUUUUUAUGGCAUUCUAAUUCAAAUGUUAUGACAAAGUGAAUCAAUUUAAACAUAAUGUUACGGUGUUGUCAUUAUAAUGAAAACCCCAAUUUCAGUGCAAUAUACCUAAUAUCCGUGGAAGUGGUCUUCAACGUGUACCCACCGCAACCAUGGGGCUCAUUCAUAUUGGUAAUGGGAUUGAUAACACUGAUCAUAUCACUCAUAUUCACGCAUCGAAAGGAGUCCAAAUAUCCGAAAAAGAGUCACUAAAAGGCAUAUCUGACACUUUAUUUUUGAAAAUUUAAAAAUUCUAUUUAAAAUGGCAAUUUUUGGACGAAAAAAGUCAAAAUUUUGGAAUUUUUGAAAUUUCUGACAUUUUUUGUUAAAAAUGACAUUUCUUUUUGGAAUUUUCAAAGUUUUUGUUAUCAGUACAGUUAGUCAAGGUCAAUAUGCAACUUUUUUGUUAAUGUGCUUCUAAAAUACGAGUCAAUUCCAGCUUGUUUUAGCUUAUUAAAGUAGUUGAGUUUAGUUAUUUAUUAUUAUGUUAAUUUAUUAUUGUUAUAUCGAAUAAACGAAAACAUAUCGGUGAGUGAAUUGAUUGUAAAAUGAUCUGGAAUAUCAUGAUUUAUAUUUAUGAACAUUAAUUUUGAAAUUUUUGGCUUAGAACUUGGAGAAGUAUAAGUUUUUUCGAUAUUGUAGUAGGUCUUUUUGAUGUUUUUUGAAGAUCUUGCGAAGGAUAAGCGUUGAAUAACACUAGGAUUUAUUUUAUAUGAUGCAGAAUGUCAUAACUAUGAAUAUAUUUUGGCAGGGUUUGAUCUUAUAAAGUAAAAAUUAAAGUUCAGAGGCCUUUUAGGUAUUAUAGUAGAUACCCGCUUCAUUUUAAUGAUUUAACGUCAAUUUCUAACUUUUUGGUAUUAAAAUUAACAUUUUUAGAUGUUAAUAAGAACGUGUAAGCUAAAUAUAAAGCCAUAUACCUACACCAGACUCUCUACCUCUUGUUAUUCAUCCGCUUCAACGGUGCCGAGCAAUGUUAAGGUAAUAUUACUUUAUUUCACUAUAUUGAUGGUUAUUUUGGAAAUUAUUAUGUUUUGACAUUUUAUGUUAUUUUUGAUCUUUUUGGUUGGUGUUGGGUCUUUUAAAGAUCGAAAUUUUAGUGUAAAGAAAGUUUUUGCGGUAUUAAAAUUUUUUCGGAAACCUGAAUUUUUAGAUCAAAAAAAUAUUAAAAAAAAUAUUGUUGGUUAUUUUAGAGUGAGUAGAUAUGGAGAAAAACAAGAUUUAAUAAAAUUUUGGUGUAAAGAAAGUUCUUGCGGUUUUUAAUUUUUUUUUAAAUUCGAGUUUUUAGGUCAAAAACAUAAAUUAAAAAAUAUUUUUUUCAAUUUUAAAAUGAGUAAAUAAGGGGAAAAAAUAAAAUUUAGUGAAGAAUGUUAACUAAACUACCCUUAUUUCCAGGUGUUCGACCGAGAAGUAAAGCGCCGCCAGCGAAAUUGGGCGGCCAAAUCCAAAGACUUUGAAGCGGCUCAAUAUCUUCGAAGAGAGUGUGGUGAACGAAUUGCGGAUCGAGUAUUUGAUUUGACAAAGUUUAAUGAAGUUUGUAUUGACCUGGGAUGUGGUGCUGGCUAUAUUGCACCACAUUUGAUCAAGGAGAACAUUGGCAAAAUGAUACAGUGUGAUUUGAGUGAGGAAAUGGUUAAGAAAAGCAGAGGGAAUGAAGAUGUAAGAACGAUUUUGGGCGUUUUGGGGGUUGUUGUGUGUUGGUUUUGUCAUAUCUUAUCAUUACUUACCCUUAUCCCUACUGUUUACCUCAGAAACUAAAGCCAUCUUAAAUAAUUUGCAUUUCGUCUACAUUAUAUUGAUUUUUUUUUAAAUUUCCAUUUCUUUUUCAGUUCGAAGUAGAGCGACUAGUAGCAGACGAAGAGCUAGUGCCAUUUGAACACGAAUUCGCUGAUCUAAUGUUAUCAUCCUUAUCAGCCCACUGGAUUAAUGACUUGCCCGGCUGGUUCAAGCGUUGUCACGAUGUGCUGAAGCCGGAUGGAGCCAUGAUUGGAUGUCUGUUGGCUGGUGACACGCUACAUGAGGUCAGGGUAGCGCUUCAGUUGGCCGAAAUGGAACGGUUAGGAGGUAUUGGAGCUCAUAUCAGUCCAUUUGUUCAACCGCAAGAUAUUGGCGGACUGAUGGGAAGGGCCGGGUUCGGAAUGAUCACACUGGAUCUGGAUGAUAUUGAGGUGGGUGGAGGUUAUUUGGAUUGAAAAAACAGUUUUUUUUGGGUAGGGCAGAGUAGGUUUGGGUAGGAUAGAGUAGAGUACAGUGUAUUAGAAUAGGGUACGGUAAAUGCAGGGCAUGGCAGUGAAAAAUGAGGGUAUGGUGAGCUAGAAAAGAACAGGGCAGGGUAUAUUACAGUAAAGUAAGGUAGAGUAGUGUAGGGUAGGGUAUAGUAGGAUAGAGUAACCCACGUACUGUAUAGUACACUAGAGUACUAUGCUAAAACUUUUAAUACCUAAAUGUAUCCAAUUUUUAAAAAAUGUAAAAUUCAUACCUAAAAACACCCCCAAACCCAAAAAUCUUUUAGAUAGGUUACCCCAACCUCUUUUCCAUCUUAUACGACCUCCAAUUAAUGGCCGAAUCCAACGCCAGCGUCCGCCGUUCUCCGCUGCGAAAAGACGUUUUAAUCGCCGCCGACGCGAUUUACCGGUCGAUGUUCGCGAAAGAACAGGACGCUCUACCGUGCACGUUUCAAGUCCUAAGCUUCAUUGGCUGGCGCCCAGGACCGGACAUGCCUAAACCAGCGAAACGCGGCUCUCAAAAUGUUUCGCUAAAGGAUUUGGGCAGUGUUAUUGAGGACCCGGAACGAUAUUUCAAGCCUAAAAAGGAGGAGUAG